AUGACAAAGACAUAUUGUCUUCCUGAAGUUAAGUAUACUCAAUUAUUCAUUGGUAAUGAAUUUGUCGAUAGCAAAUCGAAAAAAACAUUUCCAACUAUUAAUCCAACAACAGAGGAUGUGAUAUGUCAUGUUCAAGAAGCUGAUCAGAAUGAUGUAAACAAAGCAGUUGAAUCUGCUAAGGCAGCCUUCAAAACAGGAUCUACGUGGCGUACCAUGGAUGCUUCAGAACGUGGUGUUUUGUUACAUAAAUUGGCUGAUCUCAUCAAGAUGAAUGCUGAAUAUAUAGCUCGUUUGGAAGCAAUGGAUAAUGGGAAGACUGUAGAAUUAGCAUUAGAUGAUGUCUUAUUUGCAGCGCAAACAACUCGAUAUUAUGCUGGAUACGCUGAUAAGAUUCAUGGCAAACAGUUACCAGUUGACGGGAAUAUGAUUACGUUUACUCGCCGUGAACCACUUGGAGUUGUUGCUUGUAUCACACCAUGGAACUAUCCGUUUUUGUUGAGCGUUCUCAAAUGUACUCCAUGUUUAUGCGCUGGUUGCACAGUUGUAUUGAAACCCGCAGAACAAACACCAUUAUCCGCAUUGUAUUUAGCUGCUUUAACCAAAGAGGCAGGUUUCCCACCUGGAGUAUUUAAUGUUAUCUGUGGAUAUGGUGAAACUACUGGUGAGGCGUUAACUCAUCACCCAGAUGUUAGAGCUAUCUCAUUCACUGGUAGUACUGAAGUUGGUCAGUUGAUAAUGAAAGCUGCGGCUACGAAUAUUAAACAUGUGAAAUUAGAACUUGGCGGCAAAUCACCACUGAUCAUAUUAGCUGAUGCUGAUAUUGAGAAAGCUGCAGAAGUUGCACACGAAGCUACAAUGGUUAACCAUGGACAGUGUUGUGUGGCUGGUACUCGUGUAUUUGUACAAGCUCCUAUAUACGAUCAGAUGGUUGAGAAACUGAAAAGGCUAGCUGAGCAACGUAAAGUUGGUGAUCCUUUCGUAUCUGGUACUAUACAAGGUCCACAGAUUGACAAUGUACAAUUUGACAAAAUUAUGUCAUAUAUUGAAAAAGGCAAAAAGCAAGGUGCUCGACUAGUCACUGGAGGAUGUCGAAUUGGAAAAAAAGGUUAUUUUAUUCAACCAACAGUGUUUGCAGAUGUGUCUGAUGAAAUGUGUAUAGCAAAAGAAGAGAUUUUCGGUCCAGUUCAAUGUAUAUUGAAAUUUAAUACAUUGGAAGAAGUAAUUGAACGUGCAAAUGCCACACAUUAUGGAUUAGGUGCUGGUGUACUCACAAGUGAUAUGGAUAAAGCAAUGAGAAUUGCUCAAUGUGUAGAAGCUGGAAGUUUUUGGAUCAAUAGUUAUAAUCUCAUUUUUCCCCAAACUCCUUUUGGUGGUUAUAAAAUGUCUGGAAUGGGACGUGAACUUGGGAAAGAAGCACUGGAUGGUUACUUGCAAACGAAAGUUAUUUCUAUGCCAAUUUCAGUAAAGAAUUCUUGA